CCGCCCUGCCCGACCAUGGACUACGCGGCGCUCGCCGAGGCGGCGGCCGAGAAGAUGGGGCUGUACCGGCGGGACCCCGGCGGCUGGCGCGGCUGCCGGAGCACGAGCGAGGUUUCGGUUUCUUGGAGACCCUCCGCGGAAUUCGCUGGGAACGUGUACAGGGGCGAGGGGAUGCUGACUGCCAGCCCCCAGGAUAUCUGGGAAUGCAUCAAGCCGGUGGCCGGCGGGCUCAGGACUAAGUGGGACCAAAACGUGAAGGACUUCGAGGUGGUCGAAGCCAUCAGCGAUACUGUCUCUGUGUGCAGAACCACAACCCCUUCAGCUUUCAUGAAGAUUAUUUCACCGAGAGAAUUUGUGGAUGUGGUCAUAGUGAAGCAAUAUGAAGAUGGGACAAUGCUAUCUGCUGCUACCAACGUGGAACACCCACUGUGUCCUCCUCGGCCAAAUUUUGUAAGAGGCUUUAAUUAUCCCUGUGGCUGUUUCUGUGUACCUCUUCCAGGGGAGCCAGACAAGACUCAGCUCCUCAGUUUCUUUCAGACUGACCUUGGUGGCUAUCUUCCCCAGACGGUGGUGGACUCCUUCUUUCCAGCUAACAUAGUUGGAUUUUACAGUAACCUGAGCAAAGCUGUUAAGGGAUUAAAAGCAUGACAAGACCAAUUGCUGACAUCACCAGCUGAGGGCAGGGAAAAAACUGGCAGCUUCAGGGUAAAAAUAGGAAGUUGAUGUACAGGAAUUUUUUACCAGUAAAGAUACUUAGGAAAGGUGAAAGGGGAACAAUGAAUUGAGUAAAGUAAAUUUUUAAAGCAGCAUUUUCUACCCGUCUCUAUGCAAGGCAAUGCAUUCUUUUCUCAUGCAAUAUCUGUUAUUUUCAUAAUUGUAAAAAUAUCUCACCAGAGGCUGGAGGAAUCCUGGUGGGGGGAAGAUGCACAUACUGUGCUUUGUCAGUGUCUGCAUGGAGGGCCAUUGCUUAAAUCCGGUCAGUGCUACAGCGUUAACCAGAUGCAGGUCAGCCCUGUUUUGUCUCCUGUGGAACAAUGUUCCUUCUCUAAAAUAAGAGGUAGUUUUUGCUGCCAGCAUUGUAGAGCUGCUAGGAUGCUUCAAUGGGUCCACUUCUAUGAAAUGGUAAAAGUCAGUACAAAUUGGAUUGUGUGGAGGGCCCUCUGGUUUGUUCCAUCAGUCUUCAGUACUAAUGAUAACUAUGCCUUAAAUGCUGUGUUCUUUCUAAAUCAAUAUCUGGCAGUGCAAAUCAAUUCACAGGUCUGUGGGCUGGCAAAUAGACACUCUUUUUCCUCUCUCUACCAAAACCAGUGACUUCUACACUGUCAUAAAACAAACCACACUGACGUAGUGGCAAUAAAUGAUUAAGCACUUUUCUUGCCAUUUUUUAAACUGCACAUGUAUGUGUUUUGGUCUCUUGUGGUGAAAGGUUUUAACAGGUAAAUAAUCUUUUCUGUGGCUCUCUUUUGACAGGCCAUAAGGACAUUGUUUUCUUUUUUUUUCCUUAAGACUGAUUUGCCUCACAGCAAUGUCUUGAGAAAUCCGCCCCCCAUCCUGUGUGCAAUGAUGUGUCCAGCUUUAGAAAAUUUUCCUGGUGCUGGUUACUACAGGAAUUUCAGACAUUACUAUAGAUUACAUAUAAAAGGAAAGCUAAUUGCUGAAUUAGGAAUUUUAUAUGCAGGUUGUGAUUUUAGUGCUGUAACUCAAUUAUUUAACAAGGUUAAUAUGCUUUUCUUUCUGUCCCUGCCUUUGUUUCAUAUUUAGUAUCGGGCAUGGACUCACACACAAUGUUUGCCACUGUAAAUCUCACCCUGUGGAUUUUUCUAGGAACCAGUUUUUAAUCUAGUCUCCUUUGUGUACAAAGAUGUGAAAACUUGUAUGAGCGUGAUGAAAUAAAUAUUUUUCUGCUACAUCUU